AAUCGAGCCAAAUGUGGAAACCCUGUGACCAACGCGACAGCCCUGAGUGGGACGUCUCUUCACUAACUUAAUAGAGUCAAGUCAAAAGUGAGGCUGUUAGUUUCCUGAAACUCUGAAGCGGGGGGAGGACUGCGCUGUUCUCCAGCAGCCACAAAUCUGCCACUAUGGAACAGAUAAUGUUUUAAAGGCCUUAUCAGCAAAUAGGUGAAGAAAGAGCUGCUCACCAUGGAGAAAAACGGACCUACGAGCUCCACCCAGGACCCCUCCGUGCCUCCGUGCAGCCGGGGCUCCAGCUCGGGGCUCCGCUACGGUUCCCUUGUCAACAGCGUUUCAUCGCUCGCUCCAAAAGCUGCAGAAGCAUCGGCCGUGUCACCUAAGCAGGCUUAUGUGGCCACAGCUGUGCUCUGCUACAUCAACUUGCUGAAUUAUAUGGAGCGAUACACAAUAGCAGGUGUUCUUUCUGACAUUCAGAAGUUCUUCAGUAUAAGCGACAGCACAGCUGGACUCCUGCAAACAGUUUUCAUCUGCAGCUUCCUGCUCCUGGCGCCCCUCUUUGGUUACCUGGGGGAUCGCUACAAUCGCAAAUACAUCAUGAUUGGUGGACUGAGUGUGUGGCUUCUGACUGCAGCCGGCAGCUCUUUUGUCACACAGUCGCAAUUCUGGCUCCUGGUUCUCCUGCGGGCGCUUGUCGGAGUAGGAGAAGCCAGCUACUCCACUGUUGCUCCCACCAUAAUCGGAGACCUCUUCAGCGGGGGUCAGCGGAGCAUCAUGAUCUGCGUCUUUUACAUCUUCAUACCUGUUGGAAGUGGUCUUGGAUACAUAACAGGAGCGGGGAGUGCUAGCCUCACAGGGGACUGGCACUGGGCUCUCAGGAUCACUCCCAUCAUGGGGGCUGUGGGACUCAUCCUGCUGGUGUUCUUGUGUCCUAACCCACCCAGAGGCGCAGCAGAGACCCAGGGAGGUGGAGUGGCAGUACAGAGCACAUACAUGGAGGAUGUCAAGUAUCUUCUUAAAAAUAAAAGUUACGUUUGGUCGUCUCUCGGGGUGACGGCUCUGGCCUUCCUCACCGGAGCUCUGGCCUUCUGGUUGCCCACCUUCCUGUUCAGAGCUCACGUUACCCAGGGGCUCCGAGAGCCGUGCAACGGAGACGCCUGCAACACCACAGACAGUUAUAUAUUUGGUGCUGUGACAGUAGCAACAGGUGUCCUGGGAGGAGCUCUGGGCACCAGCUUGUCCAGACGCUUUGUAGAUAAGUUCCCACAUGCAGACCCGCUCAUCUGUGCUGCGGGCAUGCUGGGAUCAGUCCCCUGCCUCUUCGUCAUCAUUUUUGUGGCAUCUUCAAGCAUUCCCGCUACUUACGUUUUUAUCUUCUUUGGCGAGUUGUUGCUCUCUCUGAACUGGGCCGUCCUGGCAGAUAUUCUGCUGUACGUUGUUGUACCGACAAGGCGAGCGACGGCCGAAGCUCUGCAGAUCACAGUCGGCCAUCUCUUUGGAGACGCUGGGAGUCCGUACUUGUUGGGAGUGAUCUCUGAUGCCAUACGCUCAUCCAAUCCCGGAACCCACGACUGGAACUUCCAGAGUCUAAAGUACAGCCUGAUCCUUUGCCCCUUCGUUGGGAUCCUGGGUGGCAUGUUUUUCCUGAUUACCACCCGCUACAUCACUGAAGACAGGAAAGCAGUCGAGCGGCUGGUUGAAGAUCUGCAGCCAGAGGCGUAUCCAGUUCCUGAUUCCUCUUUAGAACCGAGCAACAAAAGAACGGAAUAAAGUCGGACAUUUCUGGACGUGGAAAUGUCAAAUAAAACACG